ACAAACACGUGGUAUAAAAUAAUACAGAGUGCGCUCAUAAUAGAAUGGGAAGUCUUUGGGUUUCAAUUUCAGUAAUAAUGAUUUUGAUGUUAACCAUACUUGACUAUUCUGAAGCUGAAUUUUCUACUACUACACCAUCUUUUUUGCUAGAGAGCAUUUCUCAAUAUGAUAAUUCUCAUGUAUCAGAAAAGCUAACUGUUUUUGAAACAGGAAAAUAUCAAGUUACAAACCCUAUUUUGGUGAGGAAAUCACAGUAUUCAACUCCUGAGCCUUUGUUAAUUGUUUCACCAAAAGAAGCAGGGUCAUACCCUAUACUCUUCUUUAUCCAUGGCACCUUGAUUUCUAAUCAAGACUACUCUCAUCUCUUCAAACAUGUUGCUUCUCAUGGCUUCAUUGUAGUUGCUCCUCUGCUCUUCCCGCCCUUGGUCAUCUUCCCGCCAAGUCAAGCAGACGAAAUCGAAAUGGCAGCAUCUAUGAUAAACUGGUUACCUUCAAAGCUACACGAAGUGCUACGAGACCAUGUCAAUGCGAAAGUGAGUGCAGAUCUCCAGAAAGUUGCAAUAUCAGGUCACAGUAGAGGAGGAAAAUCAGCAUUUGCUCUUGCACUUGGUAUGUCCAAAACCAAGCUAAACUUCAACAUAUCUGCACUCAUCGGUGUAGAUCCUGUCGCUGGACCAGACAACCAUUCGCAAACUGAGCCACAUGUUCUCACCUACAUCGACAACUCGUUCGAUUUGUCGAUUCCUUGCACUGUAAUUGGCACUGGAUUGGGUAGCAAGCGCAACCGUCUGAUCCCUCCUUGCGCGCCAUCCAAUGUGAGCCACCAGCAGUUUUUCAAUGAGUUGAAACAAGGUUCACAUUUUGUGAUUGAGAAAUAUGGUCAUAUGCAGAUGUUGAAUGAUUUUCUAACUGAUCCGGUAGCUGUUUCUAUGUCAGUUAUGUGUACUUCUGGUUUCGGCCCCAAAACUACCAUGAGAAGAACAUUGGGUGGGAUUAUGGUGGCUUUUCUUGACGCUUAUUUUAGAGAUGAGAAACAACAAUUUUUUACCCUAAUGGCUAAUCCAUCGUUGGCUCCUACUAAGCUCUCCGUGGAAAAAAAGGGCAAGUUUCGAUUUGCACCAACUAAUGCUCAACAACUUUAAUGAUUAUAUCAUUUGCUACAAUAUGUGUACUACUUACUAGCCUUGUUUUCAGCUAUUAGAAUAAAGGCAGUUAUAAUGUGGUGUAACUGUUUGAACGAACGCAUUAGGGCUAUAUGUAUUAUUUAACGAUGGUGUGAUUUUUAUUAUAUAAGUUGAAGACAAUAGACUCUAAUUAAGUAUUUCAUCUAA